AUGGCGUCUCCCAUCGACCAGAGCAGCGACGCCUCUCAGGAGAAAGGCAGUUCGCCACUCCACAUUGAGAAUUUCGGCGGCGACGAGAAGAUGUCCGAGCAAGAAAAGAUUGAACAGGUCAACGCGACCAUUACUCGCGAAGAUGUCACGUUAGAGUCGUUCUCACAUCUGGAUAUCAAGAAGAUUCUCAGGAAGAUGGACCUCCGUACUGUCCCGGUCCUGACCUUGCUAUAUCUCCUGUCAUUUCUGGACCGUGGAAAUGUAGGCCCAUCGUCGACAUUCUAGCGAGAGGCAUCAUCUACCGCUGACAAUCUUCCUUUCCAGAUCGGCAAUGCCAAGAUUGAAGGCCUGCCGGAAGACCUGGGCCUCACGCCCACGCAGUACAACCUCUGCCUGACAGUCUUCUUCUUCACCUACUCGGCAUUCGAAGUGCCCAGCAAUAUGCUCCUGAAGAAAUUGAGGCCCUCCAUCUGGCUGCCGAGUAGGCUCAGUCCCUACCACUUGCAGGAACGUAGCCGACUGACAACACGCAGGCAUCAUGGUCGCCUGGGGCAUCGUCGUGACCCUCCAAGGCAUCACCCAAUCCUAUACCGGCCUCUUGAUCGCGCGCAUCUUUCUUGGAGUAGCUGAGGCCGGCCUGUUUCCUGGCGUAAUCUACUACAACACGAUGUGGUACACCCGCUACGAGGUCCAAGUCCGUCAGGCAUAUUUCUUCUCCGCCGCCAGUAUCGCAGGCGCCUUCUCCGGCCUUCUAGCGUACGGCAUCAGUUUCAUGGACGGUGUCGCGGGCUUGAGGGGCUGGAGAUGGAUCUUCAUCCUCGAGGGAAUGUUUACCGUCGUCGUGGCUGUAGUCGCCUUCUUCACGGUCCACGACUUCCCAGAGACGGCAUCUUUCCUGACGGCUGAAGAGCGAGCCUUCGUCGCGUACAGGCUGAAGUACGACACGACGACCACCGGUUCCGAGAAACUGGUCCCGCAGAACGAAGCCCAGACCUGGACUGAGGCGAAGAAGGCGUUUCUAGACUGGCAGAUCUGGAUGAGUGUACUGGUCUAUCUUGGUAUAAGCCCUAUCUAUGACUCGAUCCACUGCCGGACACACAUGCCAUGAGGUCCUCUACUAACUCCAACAGGCUACGCCACGCCCUUAUACGGAGUCUCACUCUUCCUACCCACCAUCAUCAAAGAACUCGGCUUCUCCACCACCGCCUCGCAACUCCUCACCGUCCCGCCCUACAUCGUCGCCUCCCUCCUCACGAUCCUCGUCGCCUACGCCGCGGACAAGCACCGCAUCCGCACGCCCUUCAUCCUGACCUGCUUCGCCUUCCAACUCCUCGGCUUCCUCAUCUGCAUCGCCGGCAAUGGCAAAUUUGGCAUCACCUACGCCGGCGUCUUCAUCGCCGCAUGCGCCAUCUAUCCCACCCACCCGGCAAAUCUAACCUGGCUCUCCAACAACCUGUCCGGAUCCUACAAGCGGGCCGUCGGCGUCGCGCUGCAAAUCUCCAUUGGCAACCUGUCCGGCGCCAUGGCGAGCAAUUUCUACCGACAAUCGGACGCACCCCGCUACUACCUAGGCCACGGUCUGGAGAUUGGCUUCAUCACCAUGGGCAUCGUCGCCGCGACGAUCAUGAUCUUCACUUACAAGCGGAUCAACGCGAAGCGCGCGGAGAGAGUCGCUGAUGGAUUUGAGGCGGACGCUGCUUCUGUGCAGGAGCUGAGCGAGCAGGGCGAUAGAGCGCCGACGUUCAGAUAUACGUUGUAG